AUGGAAGGAAAAUCUACCACCUCCGCCGCUGAGUCACCGGAGAUCCAAUCCCAUCCUCCGAGUCAGAUCUUUAUCCUCUCCGGACAAAGCAACAUGGCCGGAUGCGGCGGCGGCGUCAAGGAUCGCCACCUCAACCGUUGUGUAUCGGAUGAGAUCGUUCCGUCGGAAUGCGCGCCGGACUUGUCGAUCCUCCGCCUGAGCACAGAUCUCCGGUGGGAGGAAGCGCGCGAGUCGCUCCACGCCGACAUUGAUACCAGUAAAGUGUGCGGCGUAGGCCCGGGGAUGGCGUUCACAAACGCGGUGAGGAACCGGUUGGAAUCGGAUUCCGAUGACAUGAUCGGACUUUUUUUGUUCUUUGUACUUCAACAUAAAAACCGUAUAACUUUGUAG